AAACUAAAUUAAAUAUAAUUGUUAAGCGAGCAUACAAAAGAUGUCUAUACUUUAAAUUUCAUGAAAAAUACAAAUAAUUUUGUAUCUGGAAGUGGAGAUAAUUAAAUUAUAAUAUGGUAAGCGACUGGAAAUUAUUAAUGGAAAUGCUCAUAAAAAUUGAAUGAACAUUCAAAUGAGAUAUUUUGUUUACUGCUGAACAACGCUAAUAAUCUAAUUAUCUCAGGUAGUAGAGAUACUACAAUAAAAUUUUGGAUGAAAAAGGAUUAAAAGUUGUGUUAAUAAACCAUAGAAGAUCAUACUGAUUAUGUGUCUUCAUUAAGUUUAAAUGAACGAUAAAAUAAAUUGAUAUCUUGCUCGGAGGAUUAAUAAAUAUUAAUAAUAGAAUAGUAAGAGUUGAAUAAAUAGUGGUUUGUUACACAAAAGAUACAAGUAGAUUAAUUUGGAUUAAGGUUAUGUUUUAUUAAUGAUGAUUAAUUUGCAUUUUAACCUAAAUGCAAAGAUUAAAUGCAUCUAUAUGAGAUAGAUAUAAAUACUAAAUAGUAUAGAAAGAUUAAGAAAAUUGGUGUAAAGUGUGGUUCGAUUGAUGAUGUUUGUGUAUUUCCAUAAUAAUACUUAUAGUCAAAAUGCCUCCUUGUGAAUAAGAAUGGCAGGAAUGUUAAUUUAAUUAGGAAGAAAUAAAAUGGGGACUUCAUAAUUUUAUAGUCCAUUGAGUUUAAUACUCAUCUUAUUUAUGGAUAAUUAAGUAACGACGGAGAGUAUUUGAUCACUAGGGAUAAGGAAUCAAAAGAAAUACAAAUAAGAAAGUGCAGAGAAUUAUGA